AACAUUAUCGCACUGUCCGUUGAAACACCUCUCACUUUCUCGAUUAGAUAGAGAGAGAGAAAGAGAGCACCUCUCAUUCUCUCGAUUAGAUAGAGAGAGAGAGAGAUGGGUUGUGAGGUUGAUUGGGCGUUCAUCCAGGCCGUAGAACACAGGCCCAAGCCCACAAUCAUCGAGGCGGGCGGAAUUCCGCUGAUCGAUCUCUCACCGUUGAAUUCUGUCGGUCCCGAUGGCCCGCAGUCCCUUUCGGGCCUCAUCGCAGAGGUGGGGUCCGCCUGUAGGGACUGGGGCUUCUUCCAAGUGAUCAACCAUGGCGUGCCGUUGGAUCUUCAGGACCAAAUCAAAUCGGCAUCGAAAGAUUUCUUCGCACUGUCGCCGGAGGAGAAGCGGAGAGUACGACGCGACGAAGUGAAUCCACUGGGCUACUACGAUACCGAGCAUACCAAGAACGUGAGAGAUUGGAAGGAGGUUUUUGAUUUUGCUGUCCAAGAUCCAACGGAGAUCCCAGCUUCCCAUGAGGCUGAUGAUCAAGAACUGCAGGAGUUGAGGAAUCAAUGGCCCACCUAUCCUCCUGAAUUGAGAGAAGCAUCCACGGAAUACGCUCGAGCCGUGGAGAAGCUAGCAUUCAAGUUACUUGAGCUCAUCUCACUGAGCUUGGAUUUGCCGGCCGAUCGGUUGAGCGGUUUCUUUGGAGAACAAACGAGCUUUAUCCGUCUCAAUCACUACCCUCCUUGCCCUGCCCCACACCUCGCCCUGGGUGUUGGUCGCCAUAAGGAUGCUGGAGCUUUAACUGUCCUUGCUCAAGAUGAUGUGGGUGGACUUGAUGUGAAGCGAAAAACAGAUGGUGAGUGGGUCAGGGUCAAGCCAAUACCGGAUUCUUACAUCAUCAACAUCGGCGACAUCAUUCAGUUUUGCAAGAGUCCAGGAGCUCUGCCAACUGCAAGAGAAACAGCAUAUUCAAAAGAAUGAUGUGAGCACCUAAGAUACACACACUAUCCAUCGAUCGUCGUCCUGUUUUUCCCCUAUUGCGCCUUCCGACACGUUCAUCCUUCCAACAAGAUCUUACCAUGGCCACACUUAAGCUGCACUAGAUAUCUUGUUAGGCAGAGAUCAGAAGUGGCUAGUCCAGUGGGCCUUUAUCCAUGCGCUCGACCAUGGGAUUGUCCAAUCUUCGGUGCAAGCUUGCAGGCCUCUGCAAUCAUCUUGCAAUUGCAUGGAUGCUACAAUGAAAUAAUAUAUCCUAUGAGAAAGAGCAUUCAGUUUUCUGGUUAAUAGCCCAAGUGGAGCUCUUCCACAGAAUGUGAUGAGCACCGGGUUGUCCACAUGGUGGCUAUUCAAACCAUUUCACAAUGGCAGGGGUUUAUCUGCUGUACGUUUUGAUCCAGACCAUCCAACUGACUGAUUGAAGGAUCAUAAACUUCAAAUUAAUGACUAUCAAAUUCACUUAGAUGGUCUGAGCCAGAACUCAACCAGAGAAUUCAGAUGGUUAUGAUUGGCCAAUCAAUGUGAUUUGCAUAUUAUGAUUGGCCUAUCAAUGGUAUGCAUUUUUAAUUGAAAUCUGCAGAUCAGUAACAUAUUGUAAUCGCAUCGUGCCCCUUAAAUACCUCUAUGUAUAUGGUGUCCCUUAAACAUAGUAUUUGUGAAAAAAAAGGAAGGCUGGUGAUAUGUUAUUUGA